GAUGCUGUCGAAGCCCUUGGAGCUCCACAUUCAUUUGAAUCUCACCUACCCAGUAACUUACCAAUAACAACUCAAUUCAAAAAAUUUAACCAUUAUGACACAAAAAUUACGUUUAGCAGUUUCGCAAUCUCAUACACUCUCUACAACAUCUGCCACUCUUGCUGCCCUCUCUACAACAACAGAACAAGCUGCAGCAAAAUCGAUUGAUUUGAUCUUAUUCCCGGAAGCAUAUUUAGGAGGUUACCCUCGCACAGCAACAUUUGGCGCAGUAGUCGGAGCUCGAGAUUCAAAGGGUCGGGAACAGUUCCUACAUUACUACAAAGAUGCUGUUGAUUUAGGGGAUACACCAGAAGGCGCAGGAAGGAAAUGGGUGAACAAAGAACUCGAGGCUAGAGAUGAUGGAAAACGCGGAGAUGGCACAAGAGAGGAGCUGGAAAGAAUCGCAAGAGAUACUGGUGUAUUCAUUGUGACGGGAUUAGUUGAGAGAUGCGGUGGAAGUUUGUAUUGUGGUGUUGUGUAUGUUUGUCCCAAGUUUGGAAUGAUUGGAAAAAGGAGAAAGGUGAUGCCGACUGGUAGCGAAAGGCUCAUAUGGGGUCAAGGACAACCUUCAUCAUUAAGAGCGGUUACAACUACGAUCAGAGGUGUGAAACUUACGCUUGCGGCUGCGAUAUGCUGGGAAAACUACAUGCCUUUGUUACGACAAUCCCUCUAUAGCCAAAAUGUCAAUUUAUAUUUGGCGCCCACAGCAGAUGCAAAGGAUACCUGGCUACCAUUGAUGCGGACGAUUGCGUGUGAGGGUAGAUGUGUAGUAUUAAGUGCGAAUCAAUGUAUGAAACGAUCGGAUCUUCCAAGCUGGAUUACCGGAAACACUAAAGAAGACGGUGCUAUUGAAGAUGGUCAUACGGAUGGUUAUGGACAUGUUCAAUCUAAUAAGUCGAGGAGAAAAUCUAUAUUGACGGAUGAUGGAUGUGAAAUUGCACUUCCACAGAGGAUAGAAGGAAUACCAGAAACCGCAGAAGCUCCAAAAAAGAAUGCAUCUGAUUUCGUAUGCGGAGGUGGUUCGUGUGUUAUUUCGCCUUUAGGUGAUGUUCUUGCUGGUCCGAUAUGGGAUGAUGAUAAUGGUUUACUCUCCGUUGACAUUGAUUUCGAAGAUUGUUUGAGGGGCAGAUUGGAUUUGGACGUCGGUGGAAGUUAUUCUAGGAAUGAUGCUUUCAAACUUACAGUAGAAGGAUUGGAUCUGAGCCCUCCACCUUGAUAUUGGCCGUAGAUGGCAUCAACGAGAUGUAUUAACCUAGCAAUGAUGAUGUAUUGGCAGAUAUUUACAUGUUGCAUGUGGUAUGAUUUUCGGGGUAGGCUAAUCACAUUGAUCUGAUCCUAGGGUAGUGGAUCUAUCCAGACAUCCACCUACCGCUUUAUCAAUCUACGUGGCUCGAACUUGGUUCACCAGCCACCCUAAGACUCUUUCCCAGAGCUCAACGUUGACGAUUUAGAGGAUGCAAGUUAUGGGUAGUCCAUUUCGAGAGAAUCUUUUAUUGCGUUAAUUAUUCCUGACCGUCA